AUGUUUCCUGGAUUCGAAGUACCGGCCUCACACUCAGAAACCGCAAGAGCCCGCAAAGCACGAAAGGCGCGAGAAGAAGAAGAGUCUGCCCGGAGGUCGUCGUCAGCUGCUUCGCAGUCGUCGGCGAGCGUGAGAAGCCAGCCCACGUCGAGCAAAACCCAAAAUGCACCGGGCUCCAGGGCAAAAGAGAAGAGUGGAUUGAGUGGUUGGUUCAGUAGAAGCAACAAAAUCCAAGAGAUUUCGCCGCUGCCGCCUGCAAUUGACAUUCCCCCUCCUCCAACGAGAGAUACAGUAGCGCCUGAGCCGGGUGUAGAUAUUAGUCAAGGCCCAGCACUUCCUACAGCUCCCUUGGAUGCUGAGGACAGGUCUCUGUUCCCAAGCCCGCCGCCCCAGCCUGCCGAAAAGCAACCCCGACUACUCCAACCCCGCCUCGCCUCACUGGUUCCGGGGCCUUAUCCUCCACCUACGUCUGAACUACCGCCAACGCCCGGUCCAACGUUGAACUGCGCUGUAAGCACAUCAGAUGCAAAAUCCCAAUACUCGUCGUAUUCACGAGCUUCGUUCAUCCCAUCAAAGAACAGUGUUUUCUCGAGCGCUUCUGGGUACGAAACAGCUCCAUCAGAAACUUCCUACGCUGGAUCAAAUCACAUCAGCCAAGGUCCUGUGUUCGAACCCGUCGAGCGUGGGUCCCGGACUGGAAGCAGGCAGGGCAAUGAGCGCGACCACAGUAGCAAGGCCGCUGCAUCGCCCUUUGCCCGCGCUUUGGCAAAGAUGGAGAGUGCUAGUACACGUAUAAUGUCUGCACGUCUCAGUGAAGAAUGGGAAGGCCUUGACGACGACGAAAGCUUUCAAGAGAUUAUGUUUGAGAAGCGGCUUUGGGCAUUAACAGCUUAUCUACGCCUAACGCAACAUAAAUCCUUGCAGUCACCAGCACACGAGCUGCUCAUCAAGGCUCGCCCUGGAGAACAGAGGAGAGUCCUUCAGCUACAUGGAUCGAUAGCUGAUGGAUGGACGCUUGCAAACCAAUAUCCCACCGUGACUGUGUAUACCCUCUCUUCCACACAGACCCCACCUCCCGCAUCUUACCCAGCCCCUUUGAACCAUCAUUCACUUUACCUGGCGUCGCUUUCGUCGCAAUCGCCGUUUCCGGAUAAUUAUUUCGAUGCCAUCAUCUCACGCUCAGUUGCUACAGUUCUUCGCAACGAUGAGUGGGCCCGCUUGUUCUUCGACUGCAUGCGCGUGCUUAAGCCAGGAGGGCAGAUUGAAAUCUUUUCAGUCGACGCGCACAUGAGUUGUGAGGGACCCAAAAUGUCAUCGUGGGUCGACGAGCACCUAGCCUGCCGACUAGAGUCUUCUGGAAUCAGUAAACAAGCUUCAGACACUGUUCUUGACACCAUGGAAAUUGUGGGCUUGGAGAACAUUCGCCGCGCGCGAAUAGCGCUUCCGGCCCAACCACCAAAAGCAAUGGUCAGGCCAGCCCCAGCUCCGUCGAAUGCAUCGAUUCGUAUGCCUACGCCACAAGAAACAUUCGAAAGUUCAAAAAUGAUGGCCUUCCUAGGUCGACAUUUCUACCAAGACCUGUACGGCAAAUUUGUGCACACAAGUCAGGGAGAAGAGUGGUUCUGGGGGCAUAAGGACAUACGCGACGAGUGUGAGCACUACAAGACAAAGAUGAUUCUUACAAUAGCAUGUGCCCAGAAGGCAAGCACCGUGGCCUAUGAUAAGGAAGGUUUCUCGGAUUGA